AUGUAUGCUUCUCCUUUGGCAGUCAUGAAGGUGGUGAUUAAGACCAAGAGUGUGGAGUAUAUGCCCUUCUUGCUUUCACUGUUUGUGUUCCUGAGUGCUACUUGUUGGCUUAUCUAUGGAUUAAUCGGGAAGGACAUUUUUAUUCUUGUGCCAAAUGGACUCGGGUGUCUGUUUGGGGCAAUGCAGCUGAGUUUGUACGCAGUUUACUGCAAAAAUAAAGGUGAAACCAAGAAACCAGCCAUGGAUGGAUCCUUGGAGAACGGAGGACCGUCUCUUGAUCUUCCGAAGCUACCAAAUUAG